AUGACCAAGAAGCCGUGCCCAAGAGUCAUAUUCGUGCGCCACGGCCAAACAGAAUGGUCGAAAUCGGGCCAACACACCUCGGUGACCGACAUCGACUUGACCCCCUUUGGAAUCAAGCAAAUGAAAGCCACGGGCGAGGCGCUCUUCGGCAACCAGCCCUUGAACCUCAUUGACCCCGCGCACAUCACCCACAUCUUCACGUCGCCCCGCUUGCGCGCACGACACACCACGGAAUUGAUCCUCGAGGCCAUCCCCGCUCAGGUGCGCUCGCAUAUCGACGUGGAAGUCGACGACGACUUGGCCGAGUGGUACUAUGGCAAGUACGAAGGGAUGAAACCGGACGAGAUUAGACGUUAUAGAUGGGACCAUGGCGUUGACCCACCCGAGCACAAAUGGCUGAUUUGGAGCGAUGGCUGUGAAGACGGCGAGAAUUACCGCGAUGUCACGACGAGAAUUGACCGUUUUAUCGCCAAGUUGUUGAGCAUCCAGCGUAAGUAUAUGGAGGCGGAUGAAGCUAGUGAUAUCAUCGUGGUGGCACAUGGCCAUAUCUUGAGAUGUCUUGUCGCGAGAUGGGUCCACCGUGAGUUGAGCACAGAUCCGCAGUUGAUGUUGGAUGCUGGUGGUGUGGGGGUUUUAAGUUAUCAGCAUCACAACCUCGAUGAGCCGGCUAUUUAUUUGGCUGGUGCCUUCACCGUUCCUGUUGAUGAAAAGAGUGAUGAUAUUUGA